AUGUACCUGACGAUCGUGUUCUCACCCACCGACGCGCACGCCAACGUGCUGGUGCUGGACACGCGCGACGAAACCAUUCACCGGUACGAGCCGCACGGCUACGAGAUGGACGUGCCAAUGUACGACCAGACCGAGCUCGACGUGCGGCUCGAGGAGUGGACCCGGGCCAGACUGCCGUGGUGGCGGUACGAGCUCAUUGACACGACGUGUCCGCGCGUGGGCCCGCAGGCCUGUGACGGCGACGAUGUCGGGUUCUGCAGCGCGUGGGUUUUGUUGUUUGUGCACCUGCGCCUGAUGUUCCCGGACCUGGGUAUUCGCGAUGUUUCGGAGAAGCUGGACUCGCUGCACCACCGCGUGCUCGGCCGAACGAUCGUCGAGUACGCGCGGUACAUGAUGGACUUUAUGAUUGAGUACCACAUGUACAUGCAGACGAAUACACGUGUCAAAGUGCUACGUGGCGGCGGGGCGGUGUACACGGUGGUUGGUCGGCGGGGCGGCACGGCGACUCUGCGGGGCGACGACGGGCGCGAGACCAAGCGGCGCGUGGAAGACAUGCAGUACGUGGACAUGCCAGCCGAGUUUGAAAGAUACGGCAUCCACGCCAUGUUCCCGGGACGUUUCGAUCCGGACUUGGACUUGGACUUGGACUUGGACUUGGACUUGGCCUUGGCCUCGCCACCAGAGCCGCCUCGCAAGCGAAGGCGGCGUGCCGCAAAAACCGCCUCGCAAGCGCCGGAGGGAUGCCAAAUAAAAUUCCGCUUUUCGGACCAAUAA